AUGUUUUUGCGACGCCUGUACAGAAAAAGAUAUUUUAAAUGGCUUGUUUUCGUAUUUACUGUUUUCAUAUUUUGGGCUGUAAUAGGCUAUUUGGUUUCCUAUGAGGAUGAGGAUUUCCCUGAUGAUGUUAUCUAUGAUAUAUUUAUUGAUGAGACUCAAGAUGAUCAUGAACACAUACCACUGGACCAAGAGAUGCUAGAGGAGAUGCAGAGAGUGAAGACCAGUAAGAAAUAUGAGACCGUAGAUGCCACUAACGUAACUGACCCUAUCAUUUUGUGGUGGACAGAAUUUACAGGAGAACCUGGCAAAUCGAGGUCAUGUGGAAAUGAUCGUUGUUUUUUCACAAAUAAUCGGAACUUUAGAAAUCACAAGCAUAUGAAGGUGUUUGUAUUCUACGGUACUGACUUCAGCCAGAAAGACCUACCACUGCCCAGACGCCAACAUCAUGAGUGGGCCCUCUUCCAUGAAGAAUCUCCCAAAAAUAACUUUUUGCUUUGUCAUGAAGAUGCUCUUUCCCUAACUGCUUGUUGUAUUCUCAGGAGAGAGUCCGAUUUCCCGAUCACGACUCAACACCUCUUGUCUCUAGAGUGGCUACAGCAGAGCACAUACACCAAAUCUACAAGUCAGAAAAACAGGCAAGUGGUUCAUGCUGAAGGGCUGGCCCCUGUGGUCUAUGUGCAAUCUGACUGUAACCCUCCAUCAGAUAGAGAUGAGUUUGUGAAGCAGCUAAUGAAGUUUAUCCCAGUGGAUUCCUAUGGUACCUGUUUGAACAAUAAGCAGCUGCCACAAAAACUGAUGUCUCCAUUGGAAGGGAUGGCCCAUAAGGACUUCUAUGAGCUCCUGUCCCACUACAAAUUUGUGCUGGCCAUGGAGAAUGCUGUGUGUGACGACUACAUCACUGAGAAACUGUGGCGACCUUUAAUGGUUGGGGCAGUUCCGGUUGUGUUCGGGUCACCAAAAGUUAAGGAUUUUCUACCCAGCAAUACAUCUGCCUUGGUGAUCACAGACUUUAAUUCAGCGGAACAUCUAGCUAAACAUUUACAGUAUCUGAAUAAUAAAGACAUGGAAUAUGACAAACUUCAGCGCUGGAAAGAUACUGGGGUCUCAAACCAGCUCCUUCACAAUAUCUUAUCAACUCGUGUCUGGUCGCCAGAUGAUGACAAGACAUGGACUCCAGACCAUGUCAACUUUGUGGAAGCCUUUGAGUGUUUUAUUUGUAAGCGGGUGCAUGAAAAUUUGAAGAGGGUUAGCCGAGGGGAAGAAACUGUACAGUGGAAAGCAAAUGUUGAUCAUUAUGGGUGCCCAAAACCAAUGAAAUUUGAUGAAUCUGGGAAGUAUGGUAAGGAACCCCCAUUAAAUGAUUAUUGGAGUGCUCACUGGCUACAGCAGAAACAUGCAGCCAAGGCCCUCAAGGAAUGCAUUAGCAGUGAGAUUCCUUAUUGUGGGGACUAUAGGAAAAGUAAGGAUCUACGGAGAGACUUUUAG